AUGGGUCUUUUCGGCGACGGAAAACUUCUCAAGGCCGCGGCGGUUGCCGGAGUAGUCAAACAUCGACAAGACAAAAAAGCAAAAGAGCGAGAGGCUUACGAAAAAGAGAAAAGACGGCAGCAAAAGGAAGCUGCAGACAAGCAAUUCGAAGAGGAUACUAAAAAAGCCAUGGAAGCUUCCGCCGCAGAAGCGCAAUCAAAUCCGCCAGCUGCGAAUCCGGCAUAUGAUAUGCCAUAUCUCGCCGCAGCUUCUGCUCCUCCUCCUUACUACCCUCCUCAGCAAAAUCAAUAUCCACCUCAGAACUACCAGCCCUAUUCUCAGCCUGGUUAUCCUCAAUAUCCCCCUGCCCAGCAGCCUCCCUACCCACCCAACCAGGCUCAACCCCAACAGCCCCCAAGUCAGAGUCAAUCGCGAGCCCCAGACGUGAUCAUCAUCGGAACUGGUCCGACUCAAGCGCAGAUGGAAGCUGAGCGAGCUCGACGAAGAAAUCGAGGCGCUCUAGUUGGAGCUGCUAUCGGCGCUAGAAACGGCCAUGCUCUUGGCGGUGCGAUUAUUGGCAGAAGACUUGCUCGAUAA